GUCACUGCUUAUCCUCCUCUCACGGGCAGGAGGAAGGAGUUUCAAAGCAAGUGCUAUGAGAUUGCCUGAACCAAAAUGAGCUUUACGAAGCAGCCUUUUACUGGAAAGAUAUUUGAUCUCUGAUUGAAGGGGAUUUAGGGGGAAUGGAGAGACGAUUCCAACAGUUACUACUGGGAAUGCAAUAUCGGGUCCCCUACAAUGCUUACUUAGGCUAAUGGAGGUCCUGUCAUUCAGUUCCCAUUGCGCUGGGAUACAGGGUAAACAUUCCCCGGUGACCCUCUGCAUGCAGGUCCCCUCUUCAGGACAUCAUUAAAAGCAUACAAGCAGUUGCCUGACAUCAAUUGUCGGGCUGGCUCCCAGGGUUCAGAGAUCCCGACAGAAAGCAGGAAAACAAGCCCAGUGGAGCCCCGGCUCUGCUGCUGGAGGCUUUAAGGAGGUUGAAAAUCGUUUGGUUGCGGGUGUGUAAGAAGAGACAAAAGUGCUCAGCAGGUAAGAGCGGAGGGUUUUGCCAAGAAGGAACUGUCCUUGAUCCCAGUGACAGGAUUGACUCGCUGGGGAUCCCUCUCUCGGGAGCGUCCACGCGUCCCCGAGGGGAUUGCCUGUCUCCUCUCAUCAGCAUCACGGCGAGAAAUUUUGCAGCCGCUCUUUCUAGACCUGCUAAUCCUGUUAUCCGGGGGGUUAUAAAUAUUAACGUCGCCGGGGCUGGGGAUGGGGGACCAAAUUAAGCCCUCUCUGAAGUAAGAUGUCAGCCAGCCUUUUCUCAGCCCACCAGCGCCCGGGGCUGCUGGAUGAGCUGCACGGCAGAGCCCCGCAAGUGCCCUGCCCGGAGGGGCUGCUGGGCGCCUCAGUGCUGGAUUUCGUGGCCGACCUCUCCCUGGGCAACCCCCAGGGAGCCCCCGGGGUGAGCCUGGGGCUCUGCGAGGUCACCGCCGGGCCUCCCUUCGGGGACACAGUCCUGUCUCUUCGGGAAGGGAUGGCCCGGGGUUUGCCCCUGGCUACUUUCGGAAAUGGAGAUCCCGAAGACGAGGGAGAAGAGGAAGAGGAAAGGAUGCGCAGCACUUCCCUCCUGGACAGACCUAGGAGAAAACGGGUCAUCACCUACGCCCAGCGCCAGGCUGCCAACAUACGGGAGAGGAAGAGGAUGUUCAACCUCAACGAGGCGUUUGAUCAGCUCAGGAAGAAGGUGCCCACCUUCGCCUACGAGAAGAGACUCUCCCGGAUAGAGACCUUGCGCCUGGCCAUAGUGUACAUCUCCUUCAUGACUGAGCUCCUGGACGGGUGCAGCAGACAGGAGGCGAACUAGGGAGUGCCCAGGCCCGGUGGGAUGCGGCUGGGGCCGGGCAUCACCCGCGGCAGCUAGCAGGUGGCCUCGGCACCUCCCUCCUGGGGAAGCAGAGCCGUGGCUCCUGCCUCGGCUUCUCACACCGCAGCCAGGACCGUGUAGGUGUGGGAUGCAAAACCAGGAGUGUUUGGAGAAGCGUGCGCUGGGGUCGGGAGGAGUUGUGGAGAAGAUGGAUGGAGAGGCUCAGUGUGUUGCAGAUUUGUUAAUAUUUAUAAUUUUUGUAAACGGAAGGCGGGGGGCGGGGGUGGAGGAAAUGAAGGUUCGCGGCCCUUUGGUUUGCGUUAUGUUGCCUGUUUGCUUUAAUAUCUUUCCAAUUUAUUGCUUUGGAGAAAAACUGGGCCGGGGCAGUGGAGCCCUUCCAACUCACAGAACGCGUUUCCAGCGGGUUCGGUUCCUGCCCAGCCGCUUGCCAGGGAAAUUUCAGUUUGUGCAUUUUAACCCAGCGCUUUCUGCCUUUUAAAAAAUAAACAACAACUCCCUUUU